AUUUCCGGAGUGGGGGGAGGAAGGGAUAGUUCUUUCACCUGGGCUUGUCGCCUAGAAAAGACUAGAAAGAGCUCCUCUUUUCUCCCGCCUCCCCGUCCGCGCGUCAGUGGCCUGCGCAGAGCCCUCGGAACGAAUCCCGGCGCGCGCCGCCGCGUCCGCCCCUUCUGGCGCGGAGGGGCGGGGCAGGGGAACGGAGGCCAGCGCGCUUGCGCACUGCCCGGGUUUUCACGUGUCCCCAGGGCCAGACUGCGGAUCUGUCCUGGCGGUGGUGGCGGCGAGAGGGCAAAAUACGAACUGCGGUGGCGGCGGGAGUCAUGGCAGGACAAGCAUUUAGAAAGUUUCUUCCACUCUUUGAUCGAGUAUUGGUUGAAAGGAGUGCAGCUGAAACUGUAACCAAAGGAGGCAUUAUGCUUCCAGAAAAAGCGCAAGGAAAAGUGUUGCAAGCAACAGUAGUAGCUGUUGGAUCGGGCUCUAAAGGAAAGGAUUUCUAUAAUUGGCCUGAUGAAUCCUUCGAUGAAAUGGACAGUACACUAGCUGUACAGCAGUAUAUUCAACAGAACAUAAGAGCAGAUUGCUCCAAUAUUGACAAAAUUCUUGAACCUCCUGAAGGCCAAGAUGAAGGUGUAUGGAAGUAUGAACAUUUAAGGCAGUUCUGCCUUGAGCUAAAUGGACUUGCUGUCAAACUUCAGAGUGAAUGCCAUCCAGAUACUUGUACUCAAAUGACAGCAACUGAACAAUGGAUUUUUCUUUGUGCAGCUCAUAAAACGCCAAAAGAGUGUCCUGCUAUAGACUAUACUAGACAUACACUUGAUGGUGCUGCAUGUCUUCUGAAUAGCAAUAAAUAUUUUCCCAGCAGGGUUAGUAUAAAGGAAUCAUCUGUAGCAAAACUAGGAUCAGUGUGCCGUAGGAUUUACAGAAUAUUUUCACAUGCUUAUUUUCAUCACCGGCAGAUAUUUGAUGAAUAUGAAAAUGAAACAUUUUUGUGUCAUCGGUUUACUAAAUUUGUGAUGAAAUAUAAUUUGAUGUCCAAGGAUAACCUGAUUGUACCAAUUUUAGAAGAGGAAGUUCAGAAUUCAGUUUCUGGGGAAAGUGAAGCAUGAAGGGAAUCAUAGAAAAAUGUAACUAUCACAUAAUUAACAUUAAUUAUGUACUGUAUAUAUAUCAUUUUAGACACAUCAAUCAUGUAUCCAUAUUAUAGCUUCUUUGUUUAGUAUAGGUUUUUGUAUGCUGUCUGUUGCCUUUUAAAAUGGGAAAUUCUUUUUAAGUUAUUCAUGAGCUGUGUAUUCACCGGUGUGGCACUCAAGGUUUUUAAAUAAGAUUAGUAUUGUCUGUUUAUAAUGCCUGUUAAUAAAAGAAUUUACAGUUUGGUAAAUUGCUGCUAAACAAUCAUUGGAUCACAGUCCUCAUCAAAUAAACCCAUCUAUGAAAGGAUGAGUAAGCUUGAGUUUUCGCACAAGCCAUUUGCUAAAGAGAUAGUAAUAUUUUCCUUUAGUUUUAUCCCUGAGUAUAGAUAUUCUAGAAAAUUCUGUAGUACAUAGUUUCAUCUUAAUUUUUCCAAAAUAAAAUAAAAGUGUUUUAAGAUUCGGUUUAUAGUUUUUGAUAUACAUAAAUGAUUAUGUGUAUAUCCAAGUGUAAAUGCAAAUGAAGCAUAAGUAACACUUAAAUAAUCUUAGUGUGUUACAUAAAGUAUAUUCUAGGCCAGCAUACUUGGAAAGGAUUUACCUUUCUGCAACAGUGGACUGUUGCAUACAACAUGAUGAUGAUAAUGGUAAGGCAUGUAAAUGAUGUUCCUACUGGAAGCCUGCCCUGUCCCCUCUUUCUCAUUUCCCUUAACCCUCUCCCCAGCCUACAUUAGCUGGGAAGCUUUUCACCAGACUAUGAUUUAGUGGUGGCUUAUUCCUAUUUAUAUUUGUGUAAAUGGCUUACAGAUUAUACCUCAUAUUAGCAAUUACACUACAGGAAAAAUGUAUUGGCAAAGGUUCUUGCUUAUCUUUUUUUUGCAAAAUUGUUCUAACUACUUAGAAAACAGUUCUUAGAAUAGUUUGACUUGCCAAUCUUUUUAUCUAACCAUCUAGGCAACAUUAAAGUUGAAGAAAUAUUGUAGUAUUUAUUUUAUACCCCUCUGCCCACAAAGUUUAUGUUUGAAUUAUAUGCACAUGAGAUUAUUUGCAAUAAUUCAAAGAGUGUUGAUGCAUGAUCAUACAUCUUUUUGACUUUGUCAUAAUUCAAUGUCUUAAGAAGGAUUCAAGUGCAAAUUUAACAAUCUUAUAAUCUAUUGAAUGCAGUUUUUAAUAAAACACUGGAGGUCUUAUUGCCAAACUGGAUGUAAUGAGACACUAAAGGUGAAAAAAUUAUACAUGUAGUGAAGAAAAUAUUUAAAUCAAUAUCUUGAACAGAUGUAACAAACAUGAGGAACUUCUUUUUCAUUUUAAAAGGGUUAUUUUGAAAUGAAGAUGAUAAUGUAUUCAUCUUGAUUGUUUUUUCAAAUUUGAGGGAAUUGUUUAUACCAUAUUAUGAGACAAGUAUGUAUAGCAAAAAUGUGGGAAAUAGUAGCAUACUGAAAGUGUGUGUGUGUGUGUGUGUGUACAUAUACAUAUAGUUUAUGCCUUUCCAAGCCUGCUAGUCUUUUUGGCAGUGCUUUUGAACAGUGCUGUCCCACCAGCCACAGUCAUUAAUGUACCCCAAUAUACAACUAUCUUUUAAGAAGUUUUAUGUUCACAGUGAAGGGAAUGUUGACUUUGAAAUUAUGCAUUUAUAUUAAGGUUGGUAUAAACCAAUGGGAAUAGUAAUUUUAAAACAAAUUUGCUAAAUAUUGAGAGACUAAACUACUAAGUCAAUAAUUUAUAUAUAGCAAUGUAGCUAUUCUCUCUAGAUGAUGUCUCAUAAUGGAUUCCUGUUGCUCGACUAUUUUUUUUUUUUUUUUUGGUUGCUUGACUAUUUUCUUAGUGAACAUUUGGACUAAGGUAAUGAUUGGGAUUGGUGAUCUGGCUACAUGUUUUGAAACACAUUUUGAGUAAUGUGGCUUAGUGUUAAUGGAGAAAUAAAAUACAUUUUUUUUCUUA